CACCCCUGGCUGAGAAGAAGGGUGCAAGUAUGGCUGUGCUCUAAUACCCGGUAGGAAGUCUAAUGGAUCGGGCGAUUUAAAUUCGACGGCUAAUUUCGCCGAUCGGCUCAUGUGAACGGCCGAGCUGUCAAAUUUGCUGGGUCGAAAUGCACUGAUUAAGGCACACCUAUUACGAACGCUUUCGAGAUUAUGUCUGAUGAGCAUCAGCAGUCUUCAACAACAACCAGUGUUAAAACGGCAAGCGAGUGGGAGUCACAUGAUUUGGCCCGGGCAUCCCUGCUGGAACAAGUCUUGUCUGCACCCUCAAAUCGAGUCACCCCUUCCGCGAGACAGGUGACAGCCCGUGAAAUCCAAACAAGGGCAAUGGGACCUGAGGAUUUUGUGUGCCAGCGGGAAAUUGGCAUCGGUGCAUUUGGCCGCGUGAUGCUGGUAGUACACCGAAAUUCCAGGCAAGUCUUGGCAAUGAAAGCAAUUUCAAAGAGGUUAUUGCGACGCAAAAAAAUUGCCCAAGAGGAAUGGAGGCUUGAACGGGAUAUUCUGGUAAAGAUAGAAGCACAUCCUUACAUUGUCGAGCUGCUGUGCUCGUUCCAGACAACAAGCUAUUUCUUCCUCGUAAUGGCUUAUCUUCCUGGUGGUGAGCUCUUCACGUUCCUGCGCCGGCGGGGCACCUUUUCCGAAGAUGUUGCUGCUUUCUAUAGUGCUGAAGUAACGCUCGCACUAGAGCACUUGCACGCGUCUAGGGUAAUCCACCGGGAUCUUAAACCAGAGAACUUGCUCAUGGAUAGCGACGGCCACGUCGUUGUCACAGACUUUGGGCUUGCCAAGGUUUUUGAGUCAGAUGAAGAGCGACAUCGCACGCUCUGUGGGACAGAUGCAUACAUGGCCCCGGAGAUGGUUGCAAGGCGAUCGCAAAACACCCUUCACCCAUCGAGAGACGAAGGAGCUUCACCGCAGAAUUCUCACCGAAAAGGUCAAGUGGCCCCAAUUCAUAGGGCCGGACGCGAUCAGAUUGCUGCGAGGCUUGCUCGAGCGCCAGGUACCAAGACGUCUUGGUGCAACCAAGGCGACCAUGUUUGAGGUUGGUGGUGUGUCAGCUUUGAAAAAGCAGCCAUUUUUUGUCAAGAUCGAGUGGCAACCCCUGUUGCGUCGUGAGUCUCCAGCACCACUUGCCCCGAUAACUCGGGGGGGACAACGCGCUGUAGAUGAAGAAAUCUCAUUCCAGGCUUCUUCAGAGUCACUAUUUAUCAGCUUCUUUCAAGAUAAUGCUUCGAGCUAUGUGUCAACUUCAGACGCAAAUUCUGACUCAUCUACUGUGGUUGACUUUGAUUUCACACGCAAAGGUGCGUUCCCUUGCGCGGUGCACGACGAGGAAGCAAAAAUGGCCGGAAUCUCCUCACAAAAUCCAUCAAGUUGCCAUAGAUCUCCUCCCAGAAAUGAACCUGACACCACCAAAGAGCAACAGCAGAGAGCAGGACGGAAGCAUGAGAAGAAGCUCCCAAGAUAAAACGCGGGGGGGGGGAAGUAGCUUCCUAGUCCAGUAAGAAAGUGACUGGCAUG